AUGCUUAGUGGCCAAAAGCAAAUAGAAUAAGAAGAAGCUGUAACGUGAGGAGGUCGGGCUUCUCGUUUUCACGCCCUAAAAAGCAGCGCUGAUGAUACUGGAUCGACCUCUUUUCUAACCAACGAGCUGAAGGAAAUCUACAAACAUCUCGUGCUGACGAUGAAAAUAUGGCAGCUGAAAGAACCAGGUCCUUCCGUCGUGUUGGGAGUCUCAUGCGGAGUAAAUCCGAGGGCACCCUGAUUGAUCUGACUGACAGCGCCCCACCCAGCAAUAACUUGAAUGGUGGGCUCGUGUCAGGACAGACACAAAACUCUGACUGGACAUUUUUGCAGUCAAACAUUUCAUUUUCAUCUCAGACUAAAAAUCCUUUUUGGAACAAGAUAUCUGCGUCAAACCCUUUCUUAGAAGAUAUUGUACACAUCGGCACAGACAAGCAUAGUUUUGACUCAUCAGAUUUACAAGAAGACCAUAAAGGGCAUCAGUACGCAAGUAACGACGAUGCCAUCAGCACUUCUUCCGAUGAAGGCAACGUGAGCAACUUUCUGGAGAGCAGACAGAACAUCAGCAACAAGUCUGGGAGAUGGAGGAGUACUUCACACAUCAUGGAGGAUAUAGAAAGAAAGGUGCCGAGACAGGAGAACGCCUUCGCACCAGCCGUGCCGGUGCUGAGUCCAGAUUUUGAGUGGCUAAAGAAUGACAGAGAGGCCUAUAAAAUGGCUUGGCUGAGCCAUAGGCAGCUAACACGCUCAUGCCUGGACCUGAAUGUGAUUAGCCAGAGCCCUGGAUGGGCUCAGACCCAGGCCACUAACUUUCAAGUUAUCUGCAAGAUUGGCCAUGCUGGCGGCUCAGUACAGCUUCCGGAGUCUGGUAUUACCAUCCAUAUACCAGAAGGACAUGUUCCUCCUGGAGAAGUCCAGGAAGUUACACUCAAAGCAGUGCUAAAUCCUCCCCCUGGACUCAACAACAACUACAUGACAACCAUGAGUCCCCUCGUUGAGGUGGUUCUCAGCAACAUUAACACAAAGGAAACUUUGUCCCUUGAGAUGAAACUGUCAGGAGAGGUGAAGAGUGAUGAUUCAAGUCAGGUGAUGACCACUUUAUACGGGCUGGUGUCCAACAAAAGAACAGGCCCUUACAACAGAUUGAAUGACUGUUACGUUCAGAAGAAUACGAUGCAGUUGAAGCUCCAGGAUCUGAAGACACACUUUUUUGUGAUUGCAGUUGCAGAGGCCUCUGUACUGCAGUCUCCGGCUACAUCAGUCUGGGAUUACCUUGACCGCAAAAUCACAGUAGCAGUUUAUGGUCCCAGAUACAUCCACCCAUCAUUUAAGAUCGUGAUAGUUGUCUGUUGCCAUGAGGACGUUCCACCAAAGCUCCCAUUUUCUGAUAUCUGCAGAGGCAACAAAUACCUGCCUCCGGUUGUGCUGCAACUUUGGGGAAAACAUUGCUUUAAACCAGACAAGCUCAGCAACCUUCAUGUUGAAGUCGGCAUUACUGACUCGAUGUUUAAAAUCAAGGCUGAAGACAAAGUGAAAGAAGUGAGAGAAAGUCAGCUGAAAAUAGGGACAGUUUUGCAUCUGCCAGUUGCAUUAUCUAGUUCUAGUAAUACAGACAUGACCCCUUUUAAACUAGAUUUACAAGUGAAGGAAUCAAACAGUUCAGCUAUUGCAGAUUUUCAGGUGCCUUCCCCUCCUGCUGCACCCAUCAGAUCAGAAAAGCGAGCGACCAGACAGAUAGAAAGGCCGGUCAAAAUGAUAAAACCUAUUCCCAUCACUGAGGAAUGUCAUUCAAAUUUACCAGAAUUCACAGACAGGCCCGUGAACAUGCAGUGCUACGGUGUGGCCCUAAAGUCUGUCUUCCGUCAGCCACGUGUAGAAUAUCUCCUGGAGUACUUCAAGGGUGACACGGUGGCUCUCCUUUCCAGAGAUCCAGUUAAGUCUGUGGGAAACUCAAAAGUCAAAGAGUGGUAUAUCGGAUUCCUCCGAGGGAAGACUGGUUUGAUUCACUGCAAAAACAUAAAACUCAUAACUAGGGACCAGGUGAUUGACUUCUAUGACAUUGAAGUGACCACAGAAGUCCUUCUGGAGAACAUGACACUGCCCUUUAAGAAACUUACUUACAUGUACUCUGCCAUCCAGACACUGGUCACUGAGCACAUUACCAGCUGGAGAUGUCUUGCAGAUGCUUUAGGGUAUAGCAAGCUGCCUCAGGAUGCACUCAUACGGAGGCAUGCUGAAACUGAGCCUGAUAAAGUGGCGUGCAUUCUGGAAAAGCUGAAGGAAGACUGCCACACUGUGAGGGGCAGGAAGUUUCUGCAUGAACUCAUCGUUGGCCUGCUGAGGAUGGAUUCAGUGAGUCUCGUGGCCCAGCUCAUACAGAACACCGUCAUUCUGUCCACUGCCGUGGAGCUGGGAAUUCGAUGGCGGGAGCUCGCUGAGAAAUUGGGAAAGUUCUCAAGCACACAAAUAGCUAGGUAUGAAGCACCACAUCGAGGGAAGAAUGGUGAAGUCGGUCCCCAGUCAAUGUGGAAGCCUGCCUAUGACUUUCUGUACUCCUGGAGUCUUCGCUAUGGAGAUAGCUACAAGGACCUAAUCCAGGAUCUGCACCUGGCCCUGGACAAAAUGAAAAACCCUGCCACGAGACAUUGGAGGCACCUGACCGGUGUGCUCGUCACAGUGAACUGCCUCGAUGUCUUUCGAGCCUCUGCUUACCCAAAAGCCUAAGCCUCCUCUUCCAGCAAUCGAAACAUCCUUUGUUACAAGGUGGUGAGGUUCGAAUGAUCAUGUUACAUAUCUUUUCUGGUUGUCUUGUGGCUUUGCUUACUUUGUCUCAAUGUUCAUUUUCUGCACAGAGCAUUAGAACCGAUGCUAUUAAAACUCACACAGCUACAUGCAUUAUAUAUUAGAACAGCUAGCAAACUGUUGAGAAAAAUAUGAGAAAAUUAAAGUGCGAUGUCUGUUAUAAUGAAAUGCCACAUAUCGUUAAAGUAAUUUUUCCUUCUGUCAAAUCUCCAUGAAGUUAGCCAACUACCAUCAGGUGUCCUGGGUAUUAACAAUGCUCCUGAUGUGUAAUUAUGUGUCAGAUAAAAAGCUGCUCAUGAGUCAGUUACAACAAGCCAUUAAAAGCAGAACGAGUCCAGAGGCACUCUGUUGGUUAAAAUUAAAAAAAAUAAUAAUAAAAGUUAAACAAAUCGACAAAAGAGUCUUCACUGGGGUCUAAGAGACUCUGAUGAAGACUCUAUAGUCAAUAUGUGAAAAGGUUUUUUUGUUUUCUGCUCCAACUAUUUCAUCUUUCUAUAACUUUUCUAUAAAUGUUUUCAAAAUUCUAACCAACAGAGUGCCUCAGGACUCCGUCUGCUUUAUUUGUUUGUCUUUUUAUUCCUUUGCCUUUCAGUCGAAAGGUAAUUUUACACAAAUUUGUAUUAUUAAAAAUUCAUUCCCAAUACACCUGCUUUUUCUACACCUUUCAAGACGUUUCCACCAACAGUUUUUGUAUAAGCACAUUUUUAUCUAUUAUUGUAUUGCAUAGUUAUUGUAAUCAAUAAUUGGUGAGUUCUCUAAAUCGGGAUCCACAGCAAGGCUCCUCUAAGUGUUUGUAUCAGUGGAGUUUAAAAAAGUUUAAGGCUUUUCUGUAAUAUAAUGUAAAGUAGCUGGAUGAAACCGAUAAAUGUGAACACUGUUGCAAAAAAAGAAAAAAUCUAGGGUUGCAUUUCUGAGUCCGUGAAUGAAGUGUUAGGUCUGCGUGCUGAAAAAAAAAAAACGCACGACCAAAGUCAAAGUACCCUGAUGCCAGUAAAUAAACUGUUAAGGAGCUACUAUACAUGUAA